UCUCUCUCUCUUCCUGUCCUGACUGGAUAUUCUGUCCCCAGUCAUUUCGUUUUUGUGGAUGUGGCCUGAGGGGAGCUUUGGAUAGUUAGAUGAUUAGCUCUGAGAGUUCCUGGGGUCUGGACUGUGCUAGGCCUUCUGGACACUUCUGCAAGCCCGUCGCCAUCCUCUGCCCUUGGGUGGUGCUUGGUCCUGGUUCCGGCGCCGCGGCUCUCUGCUUCCUGCUCCCAUCUGCUUCCCCCCCGGUGACCUGUAGCCUCCCUCCCGGUGACCUUGUCGCUGUCAGGCCUUUGUCCCCCUGUGCUGGUAUUUUGGGGCUCGUAAGGAAAACCUCAUCACACCAUCUCGUUACAGGUGUUGACCUGGACGUGGGUCUUGCUAGCCUAGCUGCUCACGUGGUUUUAUGGGGGGAGGCGGGGGUUCAAAACCUCUGUCAUCACCAUCUUUCCACUGAGGGUCCUACCAGGUUCUGUGCUGCCUGCAAGGCCUCCUCCCCCCUCCCCCCCACAGUGUGUCAUCAGUUUCCCCUUUGUUGUGGACAGUUGGUGCUUGGGCCUCUCAUUCAGCAUCCUGUCAGGUGUGUCCGUGGAGAAUAAAAAUGCCUUUGCGAUUUCGAGAACGCGUUCAUGUAAAAAUGUUGCCCAUACUCUCUAAAGGAAGAGGUAAGACAGGAGCUUGGUUCCUUCUUCUACGAAUUUGUCUCUAAGAAGUUCUGUAGAGUUAAGAUCUGGAUGAAAGAGAAGAGGAAGCACAUUUUCUCCGAGGAUGUAAGCACACGUGGGACACCUGCAGGUUGGCUCUUGCGCCUGCUGGAACCGGCUCAUUAAAAGGUGUCCUUAGACACCUAGGUGAAACCAGGUGAUCUGAAAUUUUGACUGGACGCCUCCCUGCCCCACGGGAGCAGGGACUCGGGAUUGUGAGACGUCCUGGUGACGAGGGCCAUGCCAGAGAGUUCAGGGUGUGCUUCCUGUCCCCGGAGAGCAUGUACUCUAGUUGGCAGACGAGCAAGAAAUAAUGUGUAUUAAAAACUUGUAGACACAAAUAACUGAGGAUAAAUAUGCAAAAACAUUAUGGCGACAUUGACCCCGGAGGGCUCCGGGGCAGCCCAUUCUUAAGUAGCAUGGUUCGGUCCAGCUGUCGACAGGCCACGCCUGGCAUCCUAUGACCUCGUUUUUGUUUUGGAAGAGAAGGUCCUUCUUGGCCUAAUCAAAGCUUUUCAAGAGCAAGAAGAAAGGAACUGACUGUUCCGGAGAUGGUUUUUGGCUCCGGGGUGACAGCUCAAACCCCUGCUCCUGAGGGCACGUGGGGAUGGGAUGCUCCCGGGGCCAUGGUCCUGGGGUGGUGCCAUGGUUUGGGUCUGCCCUGGAAGCCAGAGGGCAGCGAACAGAGGUGCUUAGUGGGAGGGCGAUCUGGGUAGCAGAGAGGGAACGUGGGCACCGCCUCGAGGGUGGCAGGGCCCAUGGAGGGACAAUCCAGGAGGUGGGCAGCGUGUUACUGGAGACCGGCAGUGGGCAUGUGUCAGUUCUCCAGUAAUUCUCCAGGUUGUGGUGUGUGUAGCAGGAAGGGCAGAACAGUACUGUGGGGGAGGUAGGAGACCCCUGAGACUCCUGGCUUGGGGACGGCACAGUCAGGCCAUCACAGGCAGCUGACUUGGCAGGUGGUGUGAGGAGGAGUGGGCCGGGGAAGCGGGAGGCUGUCAGGUAGGGGCUGAUCUAGUGGUUAAGGACGGAGGCCCUGAGCCGUGUUUGUGAACUGCUUCUUGCCUCUCAGGGAACCCUGUCGUUCGGGGGUCUGAAGCGAGGAGAACCCCAUAUCCAAUGGUGCCUAGCACCUGACGUGCUCUGGGACACACACAGUUGGCAGUUGGCCUCAUGUCACAGGUCACGCUUGUGAUCUCCCUGUCCCUGUCUGUCUUGGUUUCUUAGGUGGCAGAAACCCGGUCCUGCGUGAGUUUGGUUCCUGCCCACUGCCCGGCCACUCUUCUCUCCCUCUGGAUGAUGUCAGAACAGGACCUGGCGGACGUGGUGCAGAUUGCCGUGGAAGACCUGAGUCCCGGUCACCCAGUCGUGCUGGAGAACCAUGUGGUGGCGGACGACGACGAGCCGGCCCUGAAGCGCCAGCGCCUGGAGAUCAACUGCCAGGACCCCUCCAUCAAGACGAUAUGCUUGCGGCUGGACGGCAUCGAGGCCAAGCUGCAGGCUCUCGAGGCCACGUGCAGGUCGUUAGAAGAGAAGCUGGACCUGGUCACCAACAAGCAGCACAGCCCCAUCCAGGUCCCCAUGGUGGCGGGCUCCCCUCUUGGUGCGACCCAGACGUGCAACAAAGUGCGAUGCGUCGUCCCCCAGACUACAGUAAUACUCAACAAUGAUCGGCAGAACGCCAUUGUAGCCAAGAUGGACGACCCCUUGAGCGGCAGGGCGCCGGAUUCCCUGGAAAAUGUCAUUAGCAACGCGGUGCCCGGGCGACGGCAGAACACCAUUGUGGUGAAGGUGCCGGGUCAAGAGGACAGCCACAACGAGGACGGGGAGAGCGGGUCCGAGGCCAGCGACUCCAUUUCCAACUGUGGACAGUCAGGAAGUCAGAACAUUGGCAACAACGUCACCCUCAUCACCCUGAACUCGGAAGAGGACUACCCCAACGGCACGUGGCUGGGCGACGAGAACAACCCCGAGAUGCGCGUGCGCUGCGCCAUCAUCCCCUCGGACAUGCUGCACAUCAGCACCAACUGUCGCACUGCUGAGAAGAUGGCCCUGACGCUGCUGGACUACCUGUUCCACCGGGAGGUGCAGGCCGUGUCCAACCUGUCGGGCCAGGGCAAGCACGGCAAGAAGCAGCUCGACCCCCUCACCAUCUACGGCAUCCGCUGUCACCUGUUCUACAAGUUCGGGAUCACGGAGUCCGACUGGUACCGGAUCAAGCAGAGCAUCGACUCCAAGUGUCGGACGGCCUGGCGGCGGAAGCAGCGAGGCCAGAGCCUGGCCGUCAAGAGCUUCUCCCGGAGAACGCCAUCCUCGUCCUCGUACAGCGCCUCAGAGACCGUGAUGAGCACCCCGCCCCCCGCCAGUGAGAUGCCGCAGCCCCCGCCACAGGCCCUGCACUACGCCCUGGCCAACGCCCAGCAGGUCCAGAUCCACCAGAUCGGAGAGGACGGACAGGUCCAAGUAGGCCAUCUCCACAUCGCGCAGGUGCCGCAGGGCGAGCAGGUGCAGAUCACGCAGGACAGCGAGGGCAAUCUCCAGAUCCACCAUGUGGGCCAGGAUGGGCAGGUAACACAGCGGACCCGAAUUCCCUGCUUUUGGUCCCCGAGCGCUUUCCGGGCCUCCUCCGGGAGGGUGCUGCAGGGCGCCCAGCUGAUCGCCGUGGCCUCUUCCGACCCCGCUGCUGCAGGCGUGGACGGCUCGCCUCUGCAGGGCAGUGACAUCCAGGUCCAGUACGUGCAGCUGGCCCCGGUGACUGAGCACAGCGCUGCGGCUCAGACGGCUGAGACCCUGCAGCCCGAAAUGCAGCUUGAGCACGGAGCCAUCCAGAUCCAGUAGGCGGGACAGGCCGCCUCCCGCCACAGGACCUAAGGUGCAGCUGCGGCCGUGCUCUGCGCCGGCUCCAGCCUCCCGCCCUGUCCUGCGCGCCCCGGCCCCACGGCUUUGCACGGAGGGGACUGCUCGUGUUCUGUUCGAGUGCGUCGGAAAGCCUCACCCGCGCGGACGGGGGGUGUCCCGGCCAACACAGGGUGACAGUAACAGCCACCGCCCCUGCCGGAAGACCCUUCCUUUUGAGUCCCACUUUGGUGUCCAGAGAGAGAGUGGGGAGGCACAGCGUGGAUUGCGUUAAGUACGUGCGGAAAAUCAAGAACUACGAUAUUUUUCUCUGUUCAGACAGCUUUUUUUAAUUUGCUAUGGUGUUUAUAACAAAAGAGAAAAUUGAAAAAAAAAAAAGUGGAGUAGCAGAAGCCUUUUGCUGUGUGCUCUGUUCCGUGUAAUGAAAAUAGGUAUUUGCAAAAGACAACUAACGAUUUUGAUGGAAAUAUUGCUUACCUACUUUUCUAGGGGGAAAUGCUCUCAACACUGUUAAUUAUGCAUUUCUAAUGAAAUAAAAUGUAUUUAUGACCACA